UUUACGUGAAGGUACGACCUUUGCGAAAAUCCAUUUCCCGGUGGGCCAUCUACGGUCGAUGAUUUGGAGGGUCGAGCGGUACCGAAAAUCGUUCUGGUCGAAACGAACAACGGAUUGGAAGGUGUCGUAGAGAGAGGUGGUGUGUGUCGCGAUCUUUAUCGUCGAGUCGGUGGUUCCCUAGAUCCUCGGUGAUCCUCGCUCGGGUUGUACGUGUAGAGGGAGACAAGGUACACAAGAGGGAAGAGAAAGGAGGAACGAGAAGAAGGAACAGAAAAAAAGAAAUAAAAAUAAUAACAGAAACAUGCCGUGACCGCGCGUGUUCGGUUGACACCAGGAUGUACUGUAGAAUCGAGGGAGGCUCGCGGUGCUCGUAGCCGUGCACGAUUCGACGACAAAUGUCGUAGGUACUCGUUAUCUGUGCGCUCAGGUGUGCGGUGCGUGUGGUGUGCGUGAAGUACCGUGUGAGUGUGUGUGUGUAUCGCCUGUAGCUGCUGCUCACCUCUCCGCUCGUACCUGACCUGACCCAGGCCCACCUGGACCGACCACGAUGACUACGAGGGAGUUGUACGUUAAGGGUGGUAGGGUAUGGGUGCCGCACCUGGAAAAGGUUUGGGAAGGCGCAGUGCUCCUGGAGGAUUACAAGCUAAAUCAACCGACCUUGAAGGUCCACACGGAUGACUCGAAUCAGACGAAAACGCUCGAAAUAAAAUCGGACACUGAUCUUCCGCCAUUAAGGAAUCCCGAUAUACUGAUCGGGGAGAACAAUUUAACGUCCCUGUCGUUUCUCCACGAACCGGCAGUCCUCUACAAUCUUCAGAUACGUUUCUCGAGGCACUGUAUAUACACGUACUGCGGCAUCGUUUUGGUCGCCUUUAAUCCGUACAACGAGCUCCCAAUCUACGGAAAUGACACGAUCUGGGCGUACAGGGGCCAGGCGAUGGGCGAUUUGGAGCCCCAUAUAUUCGCCGUCGCUGAAGAGGCCUACACGAAAUUGGAAAGGGAGGGCCACGAUCAAUCGAUCAUCGUUUCCGGUGAAUCAGGCGCAGGUAAAACGGUCUCCGCAAAGUAUACGAUGCGUUAUUUCGCCACUGUUGGAGGUUCGACGACGGAAACGCAGGUCGAGAAGAAGGUUCUCGCCUCUCUGCCGAUCAUGGAGGCGAUCGGUAACGCGAAAACCACGAGGAACGACAAUUCAUCGCGAUUCGGCAAGUUCAUCGAGAUACAGUUCAACAGGCAUUACCACAUAACAGGGGCGAGUAUGAGGACCUAUCUGCUGGAGAAAUCGAGGGUCGUGUUUCAGGCGAAUGAGGAAAGGAAUUAUCACAUAUUUUACCAAAUGUGCGCAGCCACGUCGCGCCUCCCUCACUUGCAUUUAGGUCAUCAGAAUCAGUUUCACUAUCUGAAUCAAGGGUAUAAUCCGGUAAUCGACGGUGUCGACGAUUUAGCGUGCUUUGACGAGACGAUUACCGCUCUCACCAUGCUCGGAUUCACGUCCAAGCAACAGGACGACAUGCUCCGUAUUUUAGCGGCCAUCAUGCACUUAGGGAAUGUUAAUAUUAAGAGUUCCGAGACGCAGAACUCGAGCGACGAGAACGACACCGAGGCCAGCUAUAUUUCCCCAUCGGACAAGCAUCUAUUGACGAUUUGCGAACUGUUAGGCACAGAUAUGAACGCAAUGCGAAAGUGGCUGUGCCACCGAAAAAUCGUCUCGAUGAGAGAAGUAUUUCUGAAACCGAUGCACGUGGAGCAAGCGAUUGGCGCCAGGGACGCCCUAGCGAAGCACAUUUACGCGGAGCUAUUCAAUUGGAUCGUAACCGGUAUUAACAGAUCGUUGCAAUCACAGAACAAGCCCCAGUGCUUCAUCGGGGUGCUCGAUAUUUACGGGUUCGAGACGUUCGAGAUCAAUUCUUUCGAACAGUUCUGCAUAAAUUAUGCAAACGAGAAGCUGCAACAGCAGUUCAAUCAGCAUGUCUUCAAAUUGGAACAGGAGGAAUACCUCAGGGAGGAGAUUGAGUGGACUUUUAUAGAUUUCUACGACAAUCAGCCAUGCAUCGAUCUCAUCGAGACGAAGCUGGGAAUACUGGACCUGUUGGACGAGGAGUGCAGAAUGCCGAAAGGUUCAGAUAGCUCCUGGGCGGAGAAAUUGUACGCGAAGUGUGGUAAAUCGAAGCAUUUCGAGAAGCCUCGGUUCGGCACCUCAGCGUUCCUCAUCCAUCAUUUCGCUGAUCUGGUACGGUACGAGACGACAGGCUUUCUGGAGAAGAACAGGGACACCGUGAUCGAGGAGCAGGUCGACGCGCUACGGAACGGAGAUAAUAAAUUAUUGAAGAAACUUCUGAGCGAAGAAGAUCCAAAGCUCAUGGUGCCCCCAAACGUGAGGGUGAAAGUGUCUGCCCAGAAACCAAUGUCUGUCACACCCAAGCAGAACAAGAAAACGGUGGGAUCGCAGUUCCGUGAUUCUUUGAACAUGUUGAUGGCUACACUGAACGCGACCACCCCGCAUUACGUGCGUUGCAUUAAACCGAACGACACGAAGGAGGCUUUCGAGUACAAUCCGGUCCGCGCGGUGCAACAAUUACGGGCUUGCGGUGUCCUCGAAACAAUCAGAAUAUCCGCGGCUGGUUUCCCCAGCCAGAGAACGUACAAUGAUUUCUUCCUUCGGUACAGAAGUCUGUGUAGAUUCAAAGAUAUACGUCGUGACGAUUUGAAAGAGACUUGCAGGCGUAUAUUGGCAAGGUACAUCAAAGACGAGGACAAGUUCAAAUUCGGCAAGUCGAAGGUCCUUUUCCGGGCUGGCCAGGUGGCCUACCUAGAGAAGCUCCGAGCUGAACGGCAACGGGACGCUUGUGUCAUCAUCCAGAAGACAGUGCGCGGUCUGAUAUGUCGUAAUCGGUACAGGAAGAUUCGUCGAGCUGUGCUCGGCCUGCAAAGAUACGGCAGAGGUUACAUCGCCAGACAGAAGGCUCAGGCAGUGAGGGAAGAGAGAGCCGCGAUAAAGAUCCAAGCUCGCGUGAAGGGCUGGCUGAAGAGGCGCCGAUACCUGCAGAUAAAACGCACUGUCAUGGGUAUCCAGAUGUACGGCCGAGGCAAAAUGGCCCGUGAGAGAUACAAGGUGAUGAAGGACAACGCCGCCGCGAUCACGAUCCAGCGAUUCUGCAGGGGAUACCUGGUUCGGAUGGCCUGCAAGAAGAAAGUGGAGAAUAUCGUGAUUGUUCAGGCUUGCGUCAGGAGGUAUAUGGCUAAGAAAGUGUUCAGGCGGCUAAAGGCUGAAGCUAGAAGCGUGGAACACGUGAAGUCGUUGAACAAAGGUCUGGAGAAGAAGAUUAUCACCUUGCAACAGAAGAACACUGAACUCUCGAAAGAGAAUCAAACGUUGAAGAAUGUACAAAACGAAAUGGUGGACCUGAAGCACAAGCUCGAGGGACUGAAGUCCGUCGAGGUUGAAAACAGGAAAUUGAAUAUUACAUUACUGGAGAAGGAGAAAGAGUUGGAGAAGAUGCAGGAUGUGAUUAAAAUCGAGAGGGACGAGAAGAUGGAUAUCUUGCAGGAGAAGGAGAGGAGUACUCAGGAGAAAACACAGGAGAAUAAGAAACUCGAGGAAGAAAUAGAGAAGCUGAGGAAAGAUCUGUCGGUGGCUUCCGAGAAGCUGAAGAAUAAUCAACGCGGUGCUGAGGAGAACUUGAAGCAUCGAUUGGAGCAAGAAAAGGAUCUUCUCCUGCUGGAUCAGGAUCAAGAUCGUGGGGCCUAUCAGAGACUGUUGAAGGAGUACCACGAACUGGAGCAGCACGCGGAACUGCUGGAACAAAAGUUGGCGAUGCACGCUCCGGCUCAUUCGCGUUCCCUUAGCAAUGCUUCUAGCAGCAGCGGGCAAAUCGUGUCCACGGAGCUUGCACAGGACGAUCAAAAUCUUGAUCUUGGUUACGGAUCGGUACGAUCGACAGCGUCAUCCUCGGCUCCUUACUCACGGGUGGAAACGAUCGAUUGGAGUCAACAUCGAUCGGACAGCCCGCCUGACGGAGAGGUGCAGACCCAUAAAUCACCUCCAGAGACGAAUGGACCGGCACACGCGCCGGUUGAUAUCGGUCUAGUUUUGAAACUUCAGCAGAGACUGAAGGACGUCGAGAAAGAGAAGGGAAGAUUGAUCAGAAUGGUAGAGGACUUGGAGAGGGAUAAUCCGGAGGAAACUUCAAGGACACAGGACACGUUCAGGCUCCAAGAACUGGAAAUGGAGAACGCGCAGCUGAAGAAAGAUCUAGGUUCGCUGAGGAAAAACGUAUCCUCGGCGGGCCUGACGGGUGCACAGCAGAGUCUCAUGGGACAAUUCGACGCGCUUCAGGAGGAACUCGAGAGAAGGCGAGAAGAGUGUAUUCAGCUGCACAGCGUGCUGGCCGACAACACAAGGCGAAUGAAGAGCCUGGGCUCGAAUUACGGUCGGGACGUGGACAUCAUAAACGAGGACGGGGAGCUGGUGCUCGCGUUCGAGACGCAGAAAAAGAUCAACAGGCAAUUAGAGGAUGAGCUUCAAACGAAGGAAAAAGGAUGGCGGGAACAGAGGAACGAAUGGCGGGCGGAAAUCGAUCGGCUGCAGGAGGAAAUCGAAAAGCAGCAGAAGUUGCUUUCGGUGAACGUGAGCAAGUCACCACAGACGCAAACCGAGGCUUUCAUGCAGCAUGAGAUCGCCAGGGUGACAACUGAGAAUUUGGAGCUGCAGGAGAAGCACGACAAGGUAGCAGAAGAAUGCAGGAGAUUCAAGAAACAAUGUAGAAUACUGGCGAAACGUCUCCGAGACGCAGGCUUGCCGGAUACCACAGAGCCCGCGAGUGAUUCCACGAUAAUGUCUUCCACUAGCCAUUCAGGCGAGAAUGGGAGCAACAUGCCAGCGAUUAGGAAAAAGGAGAGGGACUACGAAGGCAUGUUCGAGUUCAGGAAAGAGGAUAUCAAUGUGGUAAUGCGUCAUCUGGUUAUCGACCUAAAUCCCAGGAUCGCGGUGACGUUACUUCCCGGUCUACCUGCGUACAUCCUCUUCAUGUGCAUCAGACACACCGAUUGCAUAAACGACGACGAGAAAGUUCGUUUGCUUCUGACAGCCUAUCUGAAUGCUGUGAAACGCGUGGUGAAGAAACGCGAGGAUUUCGACUCCGGCGUGCUCUGGCUGAGCAACACAUUGAGGUUACUGCACAGUAUGAAGCAGUACUCCGGCGACAAACCGUUCCAAAUCGAGAACUCGCCCAGACAGAACGAACAGUGUCUCAGGAAUUUCGAUCUGAGCGAGUACAGGGUUGUUCUGAGCAACGUGGCGCUUUGGAUCUUCAAUAAUAUCGUGACGAACCUAAAAGAACGGAUUCAGGCGUUGACUGUGCCUGCUCUUCUCGAGCACGAGGCAAUCUCGGGGUUGAACUCGAAGUCUGGCCGACCACGAUCCUCCUCGAUGGGCGAAGAACCAGAGUCCACGCAACAGAAGCUCGACAAACUUCUGGAUGAGCUGACGUCGGUGUACAAAACACUUCAGUAUCAUGGCGUCGACACCGAGAUUGUCACUCAGCUCUUCAAACAGUUGUUCUAUUUCAUGUGCGCAAGCGCCCUUAACAAUUUGCUGCUGAGAAACGAACUGUGCCAAUGGACGAAGGGCAUGCAGAUACGGUACAAUCUCAGUCAUCUGGAACAAUGGGGAAGGGAUCGACGAUUGGAACCAGCAUCCGAGGCGCUACAACCGAUCAUACAAGCGGCCCACCUCUUGCAGGCCCGUAAAACCGACGAGGAUGUCGAUUCCGUCUGCGAGAUGUGCAACAAACUAACCGCGAAUCAGAUAGUGAAAAUACUGAACUUGUACACGCCCGCCGACGACUUCGAAACCCGUGUCCCGGUCUCGUUUAUCAAGAAGGUGCAGGCCAAGCUGAGCGAGCGCGGCGAGAACAACGAACAGUUGUUGAUGGAUCUAAUGUACUCGUACCCAAUAAGGGUCCCGUUCAAUCCAUCGGACAUUCGUUUGGAGGACAUCGAAAUACCGGAAGUACUUCAUUUACCUAUGCUCAAGAAGGUGUAAUUAUAGUUACAAUGAAACUUAGUGGCCCCUCUGCGCAUGUAACUUUUAGUUUGAGUAACAAAUAAUCAAAUUCGCGUAGCCUAUUUAUUAAAAUGCAGCAAAAAAAGAAAAAAAUAAGAAGAAAAGAACCACAGAACAGAAAGAGCAAGAAUUAGAGAACGCAUCGAGCGGGUCAUCGAUAUCACGUUUUAUAUGUUUUUUUUUACUCGAAUAAUUCGUAUUUUACGAAGCAUAAUUCCUGCCCGCGUGACACACGUCGAUUCGAAGAAUACGUUCCAAUGGGCUCUGCUGGGGC